ACAUUCAAAGCGUAUUAUGAGAUAUGUGUACUCUUUUUCCUUCACUAGGCUUUUUCCCACUGGAUUUUUCCUAGUAAGGUUUUAACGAGGCACAUAAUCUAUGGAUAUCAAGGGGGAGUGUUGUAAAUCCAUUGUAUAUGUGGAUGAUCUAUUAGAGUUAUCCAACAAUUAAUUGGAUUUAUGUAUUAGUGUUUCCAAUGUGAUAAGAUAUCAAGGUGAUAUGAACCUUGAUGAUAACUAUGUAAAAUUUCAAGGUGACCUUUGACUAUGAUAUCUCAACACUAUAAAUAGAGAUAUCAUUCACCACUAUAAAUAGAGAUAACAUACUUGAAUAAGAAAAUUAUCUCCUCUAUCUUAUACUUCUUGUCUUUUUCAUCUUAUAUUCUGAGCUUUCUUUACAAUAUAUAUAUAUAUAUUUUUUUUUUUCAACAUUGGUAAAGGAAGGAGGAGUUGAAAAAGUAAAUUUGCAUUUAAAAUGUUUGGUGGUUGGUGUAUUUUCAACUGUCACGCACGCCAUGGGGAAAUGAAAAGCGUGGUCAAACCGCGGUUGGGUUUUUCUGAUUUGGUUGGAAUUGAACUACAAAGGGGGAAACCUUUGCCUUCUCCACCACGUCUCUCAUUAUAUAAACAACCCUUUCCUUUUUUCUUCUUUCUCUUUUUUUCCCCACAUUUCCUUCUCCGUGAUUUUUCUUCCUCUUCUACGGUUUCGUUGUUGCCGGAGGCCGUCCUUCCAUUUACACGUUUCCACUGCUGCAUUCAAUUGUCAUCCCUACUCCGAUAUAAUCAAUACAUUAUAUCUUUGUAUCCAAGUGUUGAUGGAUAUAUAUAUGUUGAUCUUUGAAGAGAGAAAACAUUGUUCUUGAAAAUAAAAGGACCAUAAUAUGUGGUUGCAUCUGCUGUUUUUUUCCUCUCAAGUUGUGGGCUAUGGGGAGGUUAACAGCUACCUACUGCCAAUUGUCAAGUUUUCUUACCAAAUAUCAGUUAGUAUUUGAACCAUUAGUUUAAUUUAUUUAUGAGACCUCUCAGAUAACCUGUUGUUUUAUUCAUUCAAAGUUUGUUGACUGACUAGAAAAGUGAGGCUAAGAAGUGGGAAGAUGUGCAAUUUCCAGGGCUCUUUUGCUUAAUGGACCGUACGCCUGGCUGCAGUGAUAAGGUUACUUUGAAGAAGUGGUUUUUCAUCGACAAAAGGGUUGGUUAAAAAUACUAGGCACAAUGGACCUGAAAUCAAAUACAUCCCCUGUUGUCACCGAUCCUGCCCCACUGACUCCGUCCAGAUUGGGCAUCCACUCAGCUUUGAUGCCAUACUCUCCGGCUUUGCCAACUUUCUCCCCCACUCUCUUCCUUACUAUCCCAAGGAAGAAGCCUGGAAUUUUAGAUGAUGUUAGAUCAAAUACUUGGUUGGUGGAUGCCAUGAAAUCUUCAUCUCCUACACAUAGAAAGAAAAGUAAGGAUUCCACUGCUGAACUAGCGUCAAAUGAAAAUGAUCUUGCCUACCGCAUAUGGAUGCUCAAGUAUCCCUCAGCACUUUCAUCAUUUGAACAAAUCACAAAUUAUGCAAAAGGCAAAAGAUUAGCACUUUUUCUGGACUAUGAUGGAACUUUAUCACCAAUUGUAGAUGAUCCAGAUCGAGCUUUCAUGUCUAGUGCUAUGCGUGGUGCUGUGAGGAAUGUGGCUAAAUAUUUUCCCACAGCAAUUAUUAGUGGGAGAAGUCGUGAUAAGGUACAUGACUUUGUCGGACUAUCUGAACUUUACUACGCUGGUAGUCACGGCAUGGAUAUAAUGAGCCCUGUUCGAGCCAUUUCUGAUGACUAUAGUUGUAUUAGAUCUACUGACAAGCAGGGCAAGGAAGUUAAUCUUUUCCAACCUGCUAGUGAGUUCUUACCAAUGAUCGAGGAGGUUCUUAGAUCUCUUGUUGAGCUCACAAAAGACAUCAGCGGAGCAAAGGUUGAGAACAACAAAUUCUGUGUUUCGGUACACUACCGUAAUGUAGACGAGAAGAGUUGGUCAACCAUCGCCGAAUCUGUUGAUGAUUUGUUAAAACACUACCCCCGUCUGCGAUUGACACAUGGCCGGAAGGUUUUAGAAGUCAGGCCUGUGCUUAACUGGGACAAAGGAAAAGCUGUUGAGUUCUUACUUGAAUCAUUGGGGUUGAAUAAUUGUGAUGAUGUUCUUCCCAUUUACAUAGGAGAUGAUCGUACAGAUGAAGAUGCAUUUAAGGUGUUGAGAGAGGGAAAUAAAGGUUACGGAAUCUUAGUUUCUUCUGCUCCAAAAGAAAGCAAUGCAUUCUACUCUCUGAGGGAUCCAUCGGAG